AUGAGGAAAGCUCUCAAUUUGGUGGAUUGGCCGGUUGGUGGCAAGAGAGUUUUUGAGGUUGAUGUUGAAGUUCUGCGGCCGAAAAUUUUAAUAGCAGCCAUUUUACCGUGCGAUCGACAAGGCAGAUCCCACUCUCGAUGCCCGUCGAUAGACUACGAAACGAUUAGCAAACAGGAUUGCCCUUGCUUGCCGUCUCUUUUGUCCAUGUCAGACAGUCUGGGGGAUGUUGGUUGUGAAACGUCCAGGAAAGACGUUGUUGAAAAGCACUUCAAGGGACUAGACGAGGAGAAUGUACAGUUAAUCACUGAAUUUCUUGGUGACUUGUUGCAAAGAUGCGGUUCUUCGCCAUCGCUUGCCAGGUUCCAUGAGAAAGUCAGAGCCAAUGGAGGGGAGGAGUUUGAUCGAGCUUUUAUUAAGGAAUUUUAUGAGUUUGAUUAUCUGCUGACAGGGAGGCAAACCACCACCACAACAGCAACAGCAAAGAGGCUGCGGGAUGAAAGUGAAGGCAUCCAUGAAGGAAUCGUCACUUCCUUGCAACCGUAUGGUGCCUUUGUUCUGUUUGGCAACAAGCUGGGGAUGUGCCACGUGUCAGAGAUUAGCAACUCCAUGAUUAACCAUCCGGCUGAUGUGUUGGAGUUGAAUCAAGUAGUCUUUGUCAGGAUCCUUGACGAGAGAAUUGAACGUGGACGGACAAGGAUCUGCUUAUCGAUGAGAGACGUAGAUCAAAAGAGGCAACUCGAUGAAUUUGACGACAACUUGGACCGCCGCAGCAAGUCACCAAGGCCAAAUUCCGAGUCAAAGCCGCAGGUGCCCAGUUCAACGAAUCCUGGGCCAGAGAUUAGUACAGAUGUCGAGUUGAACCAGAGCCGGCCAAAGUUUCUCCAACAACAGCAACCACAACCACAGCAACAACCACUUCAACAACAUCAAAAAUCAAAGGCUGGUUUUGACAUGAAUAAAAUAUUCAACACCGUCGGGGAAAUGAGACAGGCAGCUGCAAACGGGUCAGAGCUAGCCAAGCAGUUCCGUGAAGAUAAAUUUAAACAGCUGAAAUUAAAAAACAAACAGGCUGUAAUCGAAGACGACCCAUUGUACCAAAAAGAAAAAGUGCAGGACGUAGUCACUCGCUGGAAGCAUGCCCACAAGACGAAAUUCGUCAAACCGUCAAAGGAGUCAAUUGACUUGCAAAGGAAAUCACUACCGAUAUAUCAAAUGAGGCAAGAUUUAGUCACGCAAAUUCGAGAUAACCAGUUUAUUGUUAUUGUUGGUGAGACUGGUUCCGGUAAGACGACUCAAAUUGUCCAGUACAUUUAUGAAGAAAAACUACACGUGUUCAACGGCUGCGAGAAAAUAAUUGGAUGCACGCAACCACGGCGAGUUGCAGCCACUUCGGUUGCAGGCAGAGUCGCCGAUGAAGUUGGGUGUGUCGUGGGGGAUGAAGUGGGCUACAAUGUGAGAUUCGACGACAACACUUCUUACAAGACAAAGAUCAAGUAUCUCACGGAUGGUAUGUUGGAACGAGAAGCAUUGCUGGACCCAGAGUUGAGCAACUAUGCAGUUAUUAUGCUAGAUGAGGCGCACGAAAGAACCAUUGCAACUGAUGUGCUAUUUGCAUUGCUCAAAAAGGCUGCAUUGAAGAACCCCAAUUUGAAAGUCAUUGUGACCUCGGCAACUUUGGACGCUGAAAAAUUCUCAACCUACUUCAACAAUUGCCCCAUCAUGAGGAUCCCGGGAAGAACAUUCCCCGUGGAAGUGCUUUAUACCAAGGAACCGGAAAUGGACUAUUUGGCCGCGGCGUUGAACUCGGUGAUGCAGAUACACUUGUCCGAACCCGUGGGCGGUGACAUUCUCGUGUUUUUAACCGGUCAAGAGGAAAUUGAUACCAGUUGCGAAGUUCUAGCCGACCGAAUGCAAACACUAGGAGACGCCGCCAGCGAGCUCAUCAUUCUCCCCGUUUACGCGUCGUUGCCACCGGAGCAGCAGACCAUGAUUUUCGAGCCUGCACCGCCGGGAGCUCGCAAGGUGAUCCUUGCCACAAACAUUGCCGAAACGUCCAUUACCAUCGACGGCAUUUACUUUGUUGUUGACCCGGGCUAUGUGAAAAUUAAUGCCUUUGACCCCCGCGCAGGGAUGGACUCGUUGCGCGUGUGCCCCAUCAGUCAAGCUCAAGCUAACCAGCGAAGCGGUCGAGCCGGGAGAACUGGGCCUGGCAAAUGUUACCGACUAUACACCGAAAACUCGUACGCGCAAAUGCUCCCCAAUGCCAUUCCUGAAAUCCAGCGCCAGAACUUGUCGCAUACGACAUUGAUGUUGAAAGCAAUGGGGAUCAAUGAUCUUGUCAACUUUGAAUUUAUGGAUCCGCCAUCGUCUCACACCUUGUUUGCGUCAUUGGAAGAUUUAUACAUGUUGGACGCGUUAGAUGAUGAGGGAAACCUCACCAAACUCGGUCGAGAAAUGGCAGAUUAUCCCAUGGAGCCGGCAUUAGCCAAGGUUUUGAUCAAAUCAAUGGAGUUUGGAUGCACGGAGGAGAUCCUUAGCAUCGUGGCGAUGUUGUCUGUGCAGACAAUAUUUUAUAGGCCGCACAAGAGACGAGCACUUGCAGAUCAGAGAAAAGCUCGUUUCCAUCUGACCCAAGGCGAUCAUCUUACAUUGCUAAAUGUCUAUCAGCGGUUCAUGCUCAAUCAUGGCAGUCAGACAUGGUGCCAGGACAAUUUUAUUCAGCAUCGAAGCAUGAAGAAAGCCGUGGAUGUGAGGAAGCAAUUGCGAUUGAUUCUACAGAAAUAUGGAUACAAGGAUUUCAGAUCUAGUGGCGACCCUUCCGUCAUUUUGAAAACGCUCUGUUGCGGGUACUUUAAAAACACGGCGGAGAGAAGUUCGGAUGCUGGAUACAUGAUCCUCGCCAACCGCGAGUCUGUGUUUCUACAUCCGUCGCUGAGCAUGUGGGGGAAAAGCCCCGAGUUUGUGCUUUACCACACGGUCCUCCUGACUACUAAACAGUAUAUCCACUGCGUCAGUGUGAUUCAACCGCAAUGGCUAGUGGAACUAUCCCCAAAAUUCUUUAAAAAGGGCGACCCAUCGACAUCCCAAAGGAGUGAAAAAAUUGUUCCUCUUUUCGCAAACCAAAGAAAAGAUUCAAAAAGACGUGGUUGGAGGAAUGGAUUACGAAGGGUGCAAUCAAAAAAAUAA